AAUCUCAAUCGGCCUUCAAUUUGUCCUCCCUCACUCCCUCGACUCUCGCUCUCGCUCUCGCCUCGCUCACGGAAAUCACGAACAAAGCCGAUUCACGAAUCCAAAUCGCAAUCGGCCUUGACUCAAUCGGCUCUCACUCUUACUCUUACUCUCACUCUCUGCCUCUCUUGAGUCUCGACUAUCGACCGCCGACAGCCGACCGGCUCUCGGCCUCUCGCUCUCGCUCUCGCAUCUUAACUCUUCCUAGGUACAGUAAAAGAGGUAGAGGAAAGUAAUUUGCUGCAGAAAUUAUCAGAAGCUUGCAUUGUUGAUUUCUCUUAGAUUGACUCUUCAACUGCACAAGAAGAAAUGAAGAAAGGAAUUCACCCUCAGAUGCAAUGGAUCUCAUAUGUGACCCAAAGUGGCCGGCUGAUGCAUGUUAUGAUGACCAAAAUACACCAGGCUGGAAAAGUUUAUCAUUUCAGAGCAAGACGGCAGAUGGCUGAAAGUGUUGGUCAGGUUGCUAAGUUCAAGCGUCGCUAUGGACAAAUGGAAGAGGAAAAAGAAGACGAGACCAAGUGAACCAGUAUUCAUGGGUUUGACAUCCAGAUUUACUUAUGUCAGCAAGCCAGGGGCAUUCAUGGAAACAACAGCUCAAUCUUUUGGGGCAGAGCAUAAAGGCCAAGUCUACAUACAUCCCACCCUUCUCAAACCUUACCUUCAGUUUGGUUUUGGUCUGUAUUUUUAAGUUUUUACAAGAGCAAACUGUUUUUAACCGGUGCAAGUCAGAUGAAGGUCAUUGAGCUAAAAUUUUCUUAGGUCAUGGUCCUAAUAAAAGCCUCAU